ACUUGCUUGUUGGCUGCUUAUUUGAUUUGGUGUGCCCUGGGUCAGCAAUGGCUGCUAGCUUCCAACAGAAAACCUUUCUGCCUGACCAGAUUUGUGGCCCAGGAAGUAGCAGUUAGGAGCCUAGGAUGCUGAUGCGCGCUUGGGGUGUGUUUUAAGCAGGCCCCGACCGGCUCGCCAUGGACCCGGACCCCCAGGCGGGCGUGCAGGUGGGCAUGCGCGUGGUGCGCGGCGUGGACUGGAAGUGGGGCCACCAGGACGGCGGCGAGGGCGGCGUGGGCACGGUGGUGGAGCUCGGCCGGCAGGGCAGCCCGUCCACUCCCGACCGCACCGUCGUCGUGCAGUGGGACCACGGCUCCCGCACCAACUACCGCGCGGGCUACCAGGGCGCGCACGACCUGCUGCUCUACGACAACGCGCAGAUCGGCGUCCGGCACCCCAACAUCGUCUGCGACUGCUGCAAGAAACACGGGCUGCGGGGCAUGCGCUGGAAGUGCCGCGUGUGCUUCGACUACGACCUGUGCACGCAGUGCUACAUGCACAACAAGCACGACCUCGGGCACGCCUUCGAGCGCUACGAGACUGCCCACUCGCGCCCUGUCCCGCUGAGUCCCCGCCAGAGCCUCCUGAGGAUCCCGCUGCGGGGCAUCUUCCAGGGGGCCAAGGUGGUGCGCGGCCCCGACUGGGAGUGGGGCACCCAGGACGGCGGGGAAGGGAAGCCGGGCCACGUGGCGGACAUCCGAGGCUGGGACGUGGAGACCGGCCGCAGCGUGGCCAGCGUGACGUGGGCCGACGGCAGCACCAACGUGUACCGCGUGGGCCACAAGGGGAAGGUGGACCUCAAGUGCGUGGUGGCGGCAGCCGGCGGCUUCUACUACAAGGAGCAUCUGCCGCAGCUCGGCAAGCCCGCCGAGCUGCAGCGGAGGGUGAGCGCCAACGGCCAGCCCUUCCAGCACGGAGACAAGGUCAAGUGUCUACUGGACACGGACAUCCUGAGGGAGAUGCAGGAGGGUCACGGUGGCUGGAACCCCAAGAUGGCAGAGUUCCUCGGGCAGACGGGCACGGUGCACCGCAUCACAGACCGCGGCGACGUGCGUGUGCAGUUCGACAGCGAGACGCGCUGGACCUUCCACCCUGGGGCCCUCACCAAGUACAACUCCUUCUGGGUGGGAGAUGUGGUCCGCGUCAUCGAUGACCUUGACACGGUGAAGCGGCUGCAGGCUGGGCACGGCGAGUGGACAGAUGACAUGGCCCCUGCCCUGGGCUGCGUUGGGAAAGUGGUGAAGGUUUUCGGAGAUGGCAAUGUGCGCGUGGUGGUGGGUGGCCAGCCGUGGACCUUCAGCCCCUCCUGCCUGGUGGCCUACCGGCCUGAGGAGGAUGCCAACCUGGACGUGGCCGAGCGGGCCAGAGAGAACAAAAGCUCCCUGAGCGUUGCCCUGGACAAGCUGCGGGCCCAGAAGAGUGACCCUGUGCUCCCGGGGCGGCUCGUGGUGGAGGUGGCGCUGGGCAACGCAGCCCGGGCCCUGGAGCUGCUCAGGCGGCACCCAGAGCAGGUGGACGCCAAGAACCAGGGCAGGACUGCUCUGCAGGUGGCCGCUUACAUGGGUCAGGUGGAGAUGUUGCGGCUGCUGCUGCAGGCGCGGGCAGGUGUGGACGUGCCUGACGACGAGGGCAACACGGCCCUGCACUACGCGGCCCUGGGGAACCAGCCCGAGGCUGCCCGGGUGCUCCUGAAUGCGGGCUGUGGUGUGGACGCCCUCAGGGCCUGCCGCUGCACCGCUCUCCAUGUGGCCGUGCAGAGGGGCUUUGCGGAGGUGGUGCAGGUCUUGUGCGAGCACGGCUGCGAUGUCAACCUACCGGAUGCCCACUCUGACACGCCCCUGCACUGUGCCAUCUCGGCGGGUGCCGGCGCCAGUGGCAUCGUUGACAUCCUCACCGAGGUGCCCGGCAUCGACAUCACCGCCACCAACAGCCAGGGCUUCACGCUGCUGCACCAUGCCGCCCUCAAGGGCCACCUGCUGGCCGCCAGGAAGAUCCUGGCACGGGCACGGCAGCUGGUGGACGCCAGGAAGGAGGACGGCUUCACGGCGCUGCACCUGGCCGCCCUCAACAACCACCGGGACGUGGCCCAGCUCCUCAUUCGGGAGGGCCACUGUGACGUGAACGCGCGCAACCGCAAGCUGCAGUCGGCGCUGCACCUGGCAGUGCUGCAGGCCCACGUGGGGCUGGUCCCGCUGCUGGUGGGCGCCGGCUGCAGCGUCAAUGCUGAGGACGAGGAUGGCGACACAGCCCUGCAUGUGGCUCUGCAGCGGCACCAGCGGCUGCCCCUGGUGGCCGAUGGGGCUGGGGGAGACCCAGGGGCCCUGCAGCUGCUGUCCAGGCUACAGGCCUCGGGCCUCCCGGACAGCGCAGAGCUGACGGUGGGUGCGGCCGUCGCCUGCUUCCUGGCGCUCGAGGGCGCCGACGUGAGCCGUGCCAACCACCGCGGCCGCAGCCCACUGGAUCUGGCCGCCGAGGGCCGCGCGCUUAUCGCCCUGCAGGGCUGCGCGCAGCGCUUCCGGGAGCGGCCGGCGGCGACGGGCGGCGGGGGUCUGGGCGCGAGCCCCCCCGCCGCGGGGCCCGAGGCCGCGGAGUGCCUGGUGUGCUCGGAGCUGGCGCCGCUGGUGCUCUUCUCCCCGUGCCGGCACCGUGCGGUGUGCGAAGAGUGCGCGCGCCGGAUGAAGAAGUGCAUCAGGUGCCAGGUGGUCGCCAGCAAGAAGCUGCGCCCAGACGGCACGGAGGUGGAGAGCGCCGCGCCCGCGCCCGGCCCGCCGCGGCAGCUGGUGGAGGAGCUGCAGAGCCGCUACCGGCAGAUGGAGGAGCGCAUCACCUGCCCCAUCUGCAUCGACAGCCAUAUCCGCCUCGUGUUCCAGUGCGGCCACGGCGCCUGCGCGCCCUGCGGCUCUGCGCUCAGUGCCUGCCCCAUCUGCCGCCAGCCCAUCCGCGACCGCAUCCAGAUCUUCGUGUGACCGCGGCCUCCCCGCGCCCCCGAGCCGCUCGGCUCCAGCCGGCCGCCCGCCCCCGUAUUUUAUAAAAGGAUUCACGGA